AUGUAUUAAAACACUUUGCAAAGCUCAAUAAAAAGGUUUGACAAACUAACUACUUCUGAGACUAAAUAUUCUCGACAAUCUUAAGAUUCCUAUUAUCUAAAAAAUAAAUAGCAAACCCAAUUGGCAAUUCCUAGUUUUCGAACCCUCAUUACAUCUAGAUGCAAAACAUAAUACACUAUAGAUUUAUAAUAGGAUAAAUCACCAACUACUACAUAAAGAAGAAUUCUAAAAAACAAGGAUGAAGUUGCUGAAAAACUUAUUCCAAGAUCAAAUGAAAUACUUGAAAUUUAUGAUGAAUUCGAAAAAAAUUAUAACAAUGUAAAAAUGUUGAACUAAUUCGCUUAUGAUUUGAAUUAUUAGGACCCACAAAUAUUUAGUACGAUAAACAAAUAAGAAUCAGAAAAUAUUAAUAAAGUGACUAAUUAUUAAAAUAACUACCUUACUUAAUGUGAUCUAAAUUAUGAAAUGAAAUUAGAAAUUCAUAGAUUUCGAUUCCAGUAUUACAGAAUUAGAAUCAAGGAUUAAGAAUCUCCUAUUCAAAUAACAUUCUUAAGCUAAAAUGCUCAAAUAAAUAGUCUCAGAUCAUAUUUUUCAUUGAAAAUUGAAUUCCCAACAAAAUUUAAUGCUGACUAUCAAGUAAACAGUAAAUCAAUUAGAAUUUUCACUAACAAUAAUACAUAAUUUUUUACUGAAGACUAUUUAUUUAUGACCUUAUACUCACAAAAUGAUUUUUUAUGUACAGUGGUUGUCACUUUUGGAUUUGAGAGAAAACUGAAAGUCAAUAAGCCAUAAAAAACACAAUCUUUGUUUGAAGAUUUUGUUCCAAGAACAAGAAAGCAAAAGUCUUAACCAAAAAUAUAUUAUUAACCCGAGGCUCGUUUAUAGAAUCUACUUAAUCCUGAGACAUUAUAGCAAAUAAAAUCAGAUAGAUAAAUCAGAUAAUAAAGAGUUCUUAAUAAUGGAAAAAAUAUCACAGAAGAAAAACUAUUAGAAAAGAAGAGCAAAUUAUUUGUGAAGGAAUAGAUCAUAAAAUAUAGAGAGAUUGAAAAAAUUACAAAACAAAAGGUCUCAUAUAGAAAUGCAAUUUAAAAAGCAUGGCUUAAAUGUAUCUUUACAACUAUUUUCCUUCACAACUUACAGUAUUUUUUAUUGUGUUAAAAAAAAUAGAUUCGACUAGAAGCCAGAGGAAAAUUGUUGGUUUGGCAAUUAUAAACUAAAUCUUUAAUUUCUGUCAAAGAUUUUGGAGAUACUCCUACUGAAAGAACUAUUUUUAAGUCUUCACUUUCAUUAAAUGCUAUCUGCAUGGCUUUAAAGAAACCAAUCAAAUAAAAGGCUAAUAAAGUAAUCUCAUCAUAUUUAUAAUCCAUAAUAUUGGCCAUUAGUGUUUUAAAUAAAUAUUAAAGAUGGACAGCAAAAAUAAUUUCCAUUUAAAGGAAUUUCAGGAAUAUGAAAAGCAAAAAAAGAAACUUUAAAGAAAAGCUUUGGAGAUUAAUAAAAGAAGAGUUUGAUGAUAUCAUUUAUGAAUUUGCUUAGUUGAAAGGCAUUACUUCAUACUAUGAUUAUGAAGAAAGAUCACAUAUCCAUAUUGAUACAGUUUUAAUGUUUUCAUUAUUAGAUGAAUAUGCUUAAAGAAAAAAAGAGAUUUGGUAAAAAUAUAUCCAUGAUACAUUUGUUGUUAAUAAUCCUAAGAAUAGACUGAUAAGUUUGGCUAUCAAUUUUAAAAAACCAUCUUUGUUUUAGUUACCUAAUGAAUUCGAGAUCAGAGAUAUAAUAGAGAAGUACGCAUCUAUUAAAAGAUUAAUAUGA